CUCCCCCCACGGGGCGGUUCCCCACGGGCCUCCGCCCCCAUUGCCAUCCUUAGUUUCCACACUAUAUCUGCCACCCUUCCUAUGUUCCAAACUGUCUGCUUCUUUUCGCUAUAUCUGGUGGCAUGAGCACAAGGCGACUCUCGUUUAAUUGUUCCGCUGGCUCCCAUAAGCUAUUUACGCUAGCUAAGUCUCCUCUCGCCCAAUCCGUCUACCAUCAGGGUUUAAGAUUCUUGUUCGAUUACUUCACUAGCUUCUUGCUCCAGGCAAUAUGAAAAGGCACAUCGGUCAGCGUUUUACAUUUAUGCAGCACGUUUGUUUUAGGAUGUUCAGACAUUGUAACUUUACAAUAGUCUUCUAGAAUAGCCAAAUAUUUCGAGUGGCCAAACACUGUCCACAAUCUUUUGCUGUUAUAUUAAGAUUAAGAUAGAUAUAAGAGAUAGAUGGACAGAAUGAAUUAUUCAUCAGUUCCAAUUCAUUCACUGGUCUAGACAAUGAUUCGGCUAUCCCUUUCAGCCUACAUACCCAUAUUCCACACGCACGUCGUUUCUCAAUCUUUACUGUUUCAUUCAACUUUUGCAGAAAGAUCGAGUCUUUUGUCACUUGAAACCCGAAAUUAUGAAAACUUUGACCCCAACAAGCACAAAGACUGGCUCAGUCCUACACAAGUGAUCAAAAUUUUCCAUAAUCUGAAAGACCCACAUUCAGCCUUGAAUCUGUGGACACAAAUCUCAAAACGAAAAGACUACAACCCUAAUGAAGCGCUCUACUCAGCGGUCAUCAACAAGCUCGCAGAUUCCAAGAACUUUGACGGAAUUGAUACCCUUAUGGAAAGAAUCAAAUGUGAGAGAAAAUGCAGGCUUUCCGAUGAGUUUUUCUACGAGGUGAUCAAGAUAUAUGGGAAUGUAGGUGGUAGAAUAAACAGAGCCACAUAUACCCUCUUUGAUAUGCCUAAUUACAAAUGUUGGCCGAGUGUAAGAACAUUCAAUUUUGUUCUGAACUUACUCGUGAACACGAAGCAGUUUGAUGUUGUUCACGAAGUGUAUUUGGGUGCCUCAAAGUUGGGUAUCGAGAUAGAUGCCUGUUGCUUGAAUAUCAUCAUAAAAGGCUUAUGCAACUGUGGGAAACUCGACAGUGCAUUCCAAGUGCUCGAAGAAUUUCCCAAGCAAAACUGCAAGCCUACCGUAAGGACUUUUUCAACAAUUAUGCGCGCACUCUGUGAUCGCGGUUGCGUUGAGGACGCAUAUGGGUUGUUGGAGAGGAUGGGAAAGGAAGGAGUGGAUCCGGAUACGAUCACAUUUAAUAUCUUGAUUUCGGGAUUUAUGAAGCAAGGGAGAGUUGAAGAGGGGAUUGAGGUUUUCAUGAAGUUGAUGCACAAAGGUUGUGAUCCAAACGGAGGGACUUUUCAGGAGGUGCUGUAUGGGCUUCUCAGUACCAAAAGGUUUGUUGAUGCCAUAGGCUUUAUGGGAAUGAUGAUUGAAAAAGGAGAGAAUCCGAGUUUCAAGUCGUAUAAAUUGGCUAUUCAUGGCCUGUGUGAUCAAAAUCUAACUGCACAACUCGACUGGCUACUAAAGCAAAUGGUUAGGCAUGGGUUUGCACCAACAAUGGGGAUGUGGAAAAGGAUGGUCGAGUGUUUGUUUCUACAUUCCGAUCAUUGACUGAAUGACUUUUGUAGAAGCUUUGAACGUUCUUUCCAAAUUAUUAUUAUCAUCAUCAUACAUACAUACUGAAGAGCAGUUUCCAUUUAUGAAUUAAGAUGGAUGGCAACAUGUUUUGCUCUAUCUGGUUUGCCCUUUGAUUUCGUGAUCCUCAAAGAUUGAGAAUGGUACUUUUAACUCAAUCGCAACUUCUUCUUCAGUCAUUAAUUUAGCCAAUAACAAGUUUUCUGGUGAAAUACCCUUCUUCAGUCAAGGGCAUAUGCGUGGAAGAAUUUAAGAGUUAUUGUUCCUGAAAGGGGUUGGGUUGAGGAUGGAUUUGCAGUUGUUGGGUGUUAGUUGCAAUUGUUGUUAAUACUUCCACAGCUUAGCUUUGUUCUCCGCAUGCUUUUCUUUUGUUGGAUUCACACUGCAUGACUGCACUAUGCUUAUUUCGUAUAUAGUCACAUACUCACAGAUUCUCCUAAAGCAUGUACUUUUAUAUCAUUUUUUGUGUUAUUGGAUGAACAUUGUGCCUUUGCCGACUCUUGCGUUUCUCACACUUUCACUAAUACUCCGUACUACGUAAAUUUAUGCAGUUUCUGUUACUCCGG